UGUUUCUAUGGGAAAUGUUAUUACUGCCGAGAAACAGAGCCAGCAUGUGCUGAUGGAGACACAAUGGAGGGUUCUGUCACACUUUGGCUUCCAGAUGUGUGGCCUCUGCAGAAACACCGACACCCGUGGGGCAGGACUUAUCGGGAAGGCAAACUGGCCAGGUGGGAGUAUGAUGAGAGCUACUGUGAUGCAGUAAAGAAGACGUCCCCUUAUGACUCUGGCCCACGCCUCUUGGACAUCAUUGAUACAGCUGUCUUUGACUACCUGAUUGGCAAUGCUGACCGCCAUCACUAUGAGAGCUUUCAA